GCUGCAGUUCUCCAGUAGACUACGCGAAGUCGGUCGGCGAGGGACCACCACGUUCUGCUGCGGGGAAGCGGACUUACGUGUUUUGUUUGCGGCGGCGUGGCCGGCUGCUGCUGCCGACGUCGGCUUUCUGCCCACCUGCGUGUGACAGUGCGAACAGCGGUGCGCACCCGGGGUGACUCUGCGUGAGUGACGGGCCGCUGUCACCCACACUUUUCGGUCUCCCUCAAUCCGCCGGUUUUUAGUCGCGGUGAGCUAAAGGGGUAAGUGAGGCGCCGGAGCAAUGCUCUCGCCCGUGAUGCGGGGACGAAACUGACGCGCCGGCGAUAUACGCACUUCUCUCGCCCGUUCGGCGGCGUCUGCUUUUCUGGAGCAAGCGCGAUAGGCGGCCUCAGAGUUGUGCGAAAAGAUAAAGCAAGGAGAGCGUAGCAGACGACAUUGCUUUUAGUUUCGGCUUUGCUGAAGAACUUGUCUUGCGCCGCUGAAUUGUGGGCAAUAUAUUUCUCGCCGUGCCGCUUCCACUUUCCGAUUUGUUGCAGUAGCAGGAAGAGACACACACCCGUUAUUUCUGCUGGUUUUCAUUGAUCGCGCUCUGCUUUCUUCAAGUGCCCGUCUAGUGAGCAAAGCGAUCAUUGCGAACGAGGGUCGAGCGCAUAGGAAAGCACAGCACAAAGCAGGCGACGUCGUCGUUCCGCUUCCGUUCUCCCAGCUGGAAGCGGCUGGACCCUGAGAGGUGUCGUCCCUGCGUCAAGCAGCCGCUGUUUGACGCGGCAUCGCCACCGUGUCCGGCCAAGACGAUGCCGGCUGCUUACCGCAGCCGGCGCGGCCUGCUGCUGCGCCUAUAAUCCCGCCUCGGCGCUUUCCUCGACGAUGAUAGCUCCCUCCGCGAUCUCGUAAUUUACAGGCGCGUGCUCGAAAAAGAAAAGCGGAGGAAAAGAACGACCGAGACAGUGUCGCGAUGCUGCUGUGGCGACAACGCACCCUGUGGACGUGGAUCGCGGUGCUUGCCGCGCUCUCGUGGACAUGCUGCGCCGACGAGGCGCGCGCGCCCGUGGUGGACAGUGCGUCGCGUGGACACCACGAGGCCGUGCCCCCGGACCCGGACGACCACACGGCGAGCACGGACGAUGUUAUCGUGUCACCCAUACACCACCACGGUGUCGGCGGCGGACAUGCCGUCUCCGCCGGACACCACGGCAGCGGUGCGCGCGACGGGACUCCCAAACGAUUCCAGGUGGCCAAGGUGGACUUUCACCACGUUGCCACACCGUUCAUUAUAUCGGUGUGGAUAAUAAUCGCAGGAUUCGCCAAAAUAGGUUUCCAUGUGACACCCAAGUUGCACCUGAUCUGCCCCGAGAGCUGUAUUCUGAUCGUGAUCGGUGUGGUGAUCGGGCUGUUGCUCUUCUACACGGGCCUGACGUCAGUGGGGCCACUGACGCCGGACGUGUUCUUCCUGUUCAUGUUGCCGCCCAUCGUGCUGGACGCCGGCUACUACAUGCCCAACCGCUCUUUCUUCGACAACCUGGGGUCGAUCAUGACGUACGCCGUGUUGGGCACUGUGUGGAACGCGCUUACCAUCGGCCUCUGCCUGUGGGCGGUGGGCCUGACCGGCCUGUACGGCACGUCCGUGCCCCUUCUGGACGCACUGCUCUUCAGCUCCAUCAUCUCGGCCGUUGACCCGGUGGCCGUGCUGGCCGUCUUCGAGGAGAUCCACGUCAACGACGUCCUAUACAUCCUCGUCUUCGGUGAAAGCCUGCUCAACGACGCCGUCACAGUGGUGCUGUACCGCAUGUUCGAGGGCUACACGGACAUGGGCACGGAGAACAUAAUACCGACUGACUACGUGUAUGGCGUGGCCUCCUUCUUCGUGGUGGCGCUGGGUGGCACGGCCGUCGGCAUCCUCUGGGGCCUGGUGGCUGCCUUCGUGUCACGCUUCACGCACCACGUGCGCGCCAUCGAGCCCCUGUUCGUCUUCAUCCUGGGCUACCUGUCCUACCUCAGCGCCGAACUGUUCCACUUGUCCGGAAUCCUCGCGUUGACCUUCUGUGGCCUGACAAUGAAAAACUAUGUCGAGGAGAACAUCUCUCAGAAGUCUCACACCACGCUGAAAUAUGGAAUGAAGAUGUUAGCCAACUGCUCGGAGACGAUCAUAUUUAUGUUCCUCGGUGUAUCGACCGUCAACGACAUCCACAGAUGGAACACUUGGUUCGUCAUCCUCACCAUAGUCUUCAUCACCGUCUUUCGUUCUGUCGGAGUGGUUCUGCUGACGUGGCCCAUCAACCGGUUCCGCGUACAUACACUCAACAAAGUGGAUCAGUUCAUCAUGGCGUACGGAGGCCUCCGGGGAGCCGUGGCCUUCGCCCUAGUGCUGGUUGUCAACGAAGACGUCAUACCGACAAAGAAGAUGCUCGUGACGACCACCAUAGCAGUCAUCUACUUCACCGUGUUCGUCCAGGGGAUGACAAUUGGGCCUCUAGUGCGCCUGCUCAAUGUACCACGGAGUGUCAAGGGCCAGAUGUCAAUGAACGAGAGGCUGCACACAAGGUUAAUGGACCACUUAAUGGCUGGCCUGGAAGACGUGACGGGGCAGUUCAUGGGCAACUACAAAAUACGAGACAAAUUCAAGUACUACAACAAUCGUUUUCUGAGGCCGAUGCUGCUCAAGGACCACAGUAUACGUGAACCUAAGAUCAUCGAAACCUACUCCAAGCUGAACCUUGCCGACGCAAUGAACUUGCUGAAGAACAACAACAGCCUGGUGCCUGUAAUGAAUGGUGAAAAUGGCGUGUCAUUAGCUUCACUCUUCCGAAGCUACACACAGACCAACCUGAGCAAGGGUGCCGCGUCGGCCAGCGGCGACACGCUGCGCGAGCUCGACCUCCCGGUCGACCGGUCGGCCACCGUGCUCAACUUCGACAUGAACGAGCUGCAGUAUUCGCCCAGCAGCAAGGACUACGCAGACGCCCAGCUACACCACAUACUGUCCGACUCAAUGUUCAAGCCAUCCAGGAAGGUCAAGCGGCUGUACAGGGACCGUGUGGACGGAACUGAGGACCACCCGCCCUUCCACCAUCACAUGCGCAUGCAAAUCCGCACCUUCUUGGGAGAAGAGAGACGACGCAUGCGCAAGGCCCGUAACGGCCGCCUGCCGCGCCACGAUGGCAACGAUGGGGCUCCGCUCACGUGCCGACACGUGCACGAACCUCGCAAGAUUCCUAAUGGAGAUAAACCGCAGCUUCGCUUCAGUCUUCCGAUGAACGGCGACUGCUCGUUAAACAUCGACUCCCACAAGGUUACGGCGCCGGGCAAUGGGACGUCGAAGCCCGAGGUAAACUCGAGCCUGCAGCAAGCCGGGGACGAUGAAGGCAUCGUCUUCGUGGCCCGUCCCAGAGACGAAACGGCGCUCAAAGGCUCUCCGCGAUCGUAUUCGCCACCUCCCGAAGCGGAGGCCCUGACGGAGACCGAGACCACCCUCCCCUGGAAGCGCGACGACGUGCCUGACGCGGCGGGAGUGCGCGCCCGCUGCGGCAGCGGUGACGGCGGCGUCCGCCAGCGGGAGUUCCCGUCAUGGAUCGACAAUCGCGAGUACAUCGCCUACCAGUCACCCACGUCCACGAUUCUCGGUCGGCUGGACCGCCACAAGCGCUCAACUCCGGAUGUCUUCGAGGUGUUCCAACUCAAGUCAUCGGGCGCGCCGGCCGCCCCGAUGGAAGAGGUGACCGAGGAGGACCAAGACAGCCCUUCUCCGGAAAUCGCCGGCGCCCCGUCGGAGCUCGGUGCCGAGCUCGCACAGGCGCCAUCGCAGGGAGAAGGCGCUGAAGGAGGCGACGAAGAAGGCCCGCCCUCUACAACGUCGACAGAACCGCUAGCUCCGACUUCUCGUUGGGAAGAGACAGUCAUUGACUUAGAGAGCGACGAUUCUGAGAGCGGUGGCUCGAGGCAUGUGCGGCUGUGAUGUGGACGGAGUUGUUGAUGUUCCUGUGACCCGUGGCCACCACAGGCAACCCUGAUGGACAAGGUGUCUUGCUGUGGUGGCCCAAUGGUGAGAAACAGCGGAUGACGACUGUGCUUCUAUCCGUGCGUGACAACCUGUGCUCGGCUAUACCAGUGAGAAGGUUAGCAUUCGACAGACCCCUCCCAUGGCAAACUACAAUGUUCAUGAUGACGAUGUCUCUUCAUUCGUAUGAAGCAUUGGCACAGAGAACUGAUAUAUAAGCACACUUCGUGUGCGUCUUCUAUAUUGCUGUUUUAGCCUGGGUGUACGUACAGCUACCAGAUCCAGAUGUGGGAUUUAUUCUAGCCGUAUUGAAUAACUGGCUUUCAUAAUUCUUUUGCAUGGAUCAUGUGGGACAAGAAUCCCCCCACAAGGUUUUACGAAAGCCGUUUUCGUUGUCCUUUGUCAUGGUUUAAAGCAGCGGCGUACGAAAUGUCAAAUGUGACAAAAAGUGACACUUUUCACAAAUAAUUUUAUGCUGUGUCAUACCGCUGAAAUCAAUGUUUCUUUUCUUUCGCGUGUGGCGCCACGCGAUUUGUAAGAACAGCUGCCGUUGCCAGCUUACGAGAACACGCGGGAUCUCUGAUAGAUGUGCAUUUAAGAGGAGGUGUGCUCUUUCCUUUUAGCUUUGUACAUACGAGCACAAACAAAUGCGUGCUUACAGCAGGUGGCAAACCAUGCCGCACAGAAAUGGUCAAUGGCCAUGAGAAGGCUCCAGAGGCCGGAAAGUACGCAGUGCAGGUUUUCUCAGUGCUACAUAGAUAACCUGCUUGAUUGCUUGAGUAAAGCACUUUGACAGAAAUGUUGUUCAGUGGGAGGUCUUGACACUCAGGAAGAACAGACGCAGUAAUCAGACUGCAAGUGAAAUAGCUUCGCUAUAGUCUUGGUGGAGAAUGGUCAGGCAGUGGGAACUUGAGCGCGUCCUCUGAUAAUCAUGAUGAGCCUUGCGCUUCCUGAGAUGUUUCAGAUGUGUAAAACAACGGAGCAUGCCGCAUUUAUCGCGUACUUCUUUCCCAAACACUUCCUAGCUUGUAGAAGCUUAUGCUGUGGCUUACCGCGGGAGCGAUGCAGGGUUGGUGCCGCUUAGUUUACCUUCCCAAUAUAUUGAUAGAUGUCCAUACGCCAAGAAAGUUCUUCUUUUAGAGCACACGUCGCGGUCCAAAAACUUGUUGCGCUCGUUACUUCAUGGCCUAAGGCAAACAAUGCUGUUGUGGCAAACAAGUACAAUCCGGCACCACUUCAAGAAAUAAAUCGAACUUGCCAAGUUUCGCUACCUUGUAGUAUACAUGUAUUGUCAGACCCGAAGUUUUCCAGAUGUCUUACCAUCAUAGUUUGUUCUUAAUAUUCCCGCACCAGUGUAUGGGUGACAAUGUUUCCAGGUAACAGUAGAUUACAUGUCCUAAGGAACGUAGCAUUCCAUUGUACUCCACCAGUAACGUUCAGGUAGUGUGACAUAGAAAAGCGAGAACGAAUCCGUUUCCCUGUUCUCCUUGUAUUUAGACAUAGCGACCUGCGGCACGCAUAUAUAUCAUGUCGCCGCCGUUACUGCGAUGACAUCAAGGACGUAAGAAUCCAUGUUAAACUUAGUCGUUAGUUUACUUUUAUUCAGAUUUAUUAGCCUUGAAGGCGCCGCCAUUGGCGCGCAAGAUCCAAGUGACAUCGACAGUUAUUACCAUCUCUGCAUAGGAGCUGAACAGCUCAAGAGUGAACUCUGGCGAGUGCUCUUAUGUCCGGUAGUGUAAUCGCUUUAGCGUAAGCACUGAGCACUGGGACACGGUGAGUAGCGGCCGUACGCACUGCGGCACAUGGUGUAGGAGGAUGGUUUGGUUCUUGUAAUUUGUUUACGUUACGCGCGGCUUUAUAAACUGAUUGUGCUGAACUGAGUCGUGCUAGACCCUACGAAGGAAAAGAUUGUAUCUACAUUUCACGCCCAGCCUAUAUCAAAUGUAUACUCCCUUUUUUUUCGGUGGACCUAAGAGUGUGUAAAAACAUACACAUUGUCGUUAGAGGCUAUAAGUAUGUUCUUAGUUUCAGCUGAAAUAUUAUUUCAGAGAAGACGUACGAGAAAAUUUGUGUCUUACCUGACUGGACUUGGGAUCAAGCUCAGGUUACAGCCACGCAGCUUAAACAGCGUGGGGCAAUUCCGUUCUUUAUCCUUAAAUGAGUGAUGAACAGCUUCUAAAAAAAAAAAACCUUACGAGCAAGUUCCCGUGAAUUCACCGGUAAAGCGCGACGUAACUUAUCGUGCCAGUGCUAACUAUGUCACUCUUCAGCCCUUGGUCGCAUAGUAUAAUGUGAAUGAGUAAAGCCUGAGGCUUAUUUACUAGUGCGGUGUGCAUCGAAGUCUGUACAUGUGUACACAGCUGUGUUUGCACUUUUUAAGAGUUUAAAGGUGCAGUGCCGCGUGCUGAGCGGAGCCUUCCUAGUCACGCGCUUGUGUAGUCGCUUGAGUAACGAGGUCUUUGAGCGGUGGCGCCUAUCGCUGGCAAAGUAGCGCUGCACAUAGCCUUGACAUUUUACCGUAAGCCGUCCUCGUCUCCCCGACAUCCUACGAUUACCUUCCCGAUGAAAAGUAUCAAUGCCUCUACUAGUCGCGUCGCCUUCUUGGAAAGACAGUUUGGGCAUUGAACUGAGUUAGGAACGUUCUCUCUCUCGCUGCCCUCCGACAGUGGUCAAAAUCUGCUACGCCUUUUAUCUAUCCCCACCCCACCUCUUUUUUUUUUCUAAGCUCAGGAAAAAAACUCGGGUCAGAAAGCCGAAGAAAUUAGCUUCGCGCUUCCAUACUUUCUUGUAGUUGUCUGUCGCCGUUUCAAACAUGACUACGCCUGCUAUCGGGGCAAAAUUAAUUAUUACUUAAUUAAACAUGCGCAAUGACGUAAAGAGAACACAGCCAGGAAUUAUCGAAAAAAAAACGAGAAAACUUUUCUCGAAGCUCGCAGGUUAGUGCGGUAUUCGUAGUAAAAUUGGGUGAAUUAGGGAUCACUGUCUGCUUCGUAACCCAACACGAGCUAGACGAAACAGAAUACCUUUGCUCAUAACGGCUAUGAAGUUAAAUGAACAGCUUAGCAAGUUGGUAGUAUAUACAACCCGUAUGAGUACGUUGUGAGAGACUUCUUUUCACCUGUGUCCAUCGUCAGCUAUUUGAAUGUAAGGACGCUUUCUCCGGUGCCUCUCUUGGCCGUAAUGCUUAGACGCGCCGGAUAAGCCUAUCUAUAUCAUUAAGCAUACUGUGCGCAGGGUAAGACCGUUCGUUAAACCACAAAUGGCAAAACGUGCCGCGGUGCUUCAUGGGACCAUUCUGGAGGGUAGACACCGAGCUUCUGCGUAUUGCAUAACCUUGAUGCCUUUUCGCUGUUUUCUCGUUGCCCUGAUUAUUCUGCGUCCACUGAUGAAAACCUGAGCUCUUUAGCCGUUGGUGCACAGAGAGGGCCGAACACUGCGCUGUGACCGUCUUUACCAACAACUCCGGCAUAUUUGGCUUGCAGACGGGGAGAAACGGCAAUCUUCAGUGCUAACAGAAAAUUCGUCGCGUUUAUCGCUGUUGCGACCGAAAACUUCAUUCCAGACUUUCGCUGAUAUUUUCACCGCACAUGUGUUGCUGCUUACAGUGAAUAGCCCACACAAGCGUUCCUUUAAUGAUGCAUAAUGAUAACGAACCGAGCUCUGCGGCCUACACACAAACGGCCUCAGUGAUAUGCCGCGACGCUUUCAUACUGACGUUUAUGAAAACGCCAAGCACUCUUGCGGAAGCAAAAAGGCCGCCCUAUAGUGAGAGCAGAGAAACGUAUAUUUUGGUCUAAGUGGCGUCAUACAGUUCCAUAGAGCGCGCCUAUUAACUGUCAGGCCAGUGCGCUUAGCGUCUGUCAAUUGGGAGCGCCCGUGCGACAAUCACACCCUCGUUAUAUUUUCAGCUUGCAUCUUAGUCAAUGCAUCCAUGCGCGAGCAAGCGGAUGAGAAAGCUUCAUACAGCUAAACUGCAUGACUGCGGCGCGCCACUCUUCGUGUGCAUGUAGUAGCCGUCACGUAACGAAGUUCCUAGAACAUCCUUUCCACUGAGAUCUGAAAUCAGCUAUUUGUUUUGCUCUCCCUGGCAGAGAAACGAGUGCCGUUUUUUUGCCUUGAGUCCCUCCUUCCUUACACUGUCUGCAUUAUCAUUGUUUCGAGCACGAGCAGAACAACCAUUCGUCCUCCUGACUGUUUCAUUGAAAUGAAAGUGCACGUUUGUGAGUUGUGUAGUGGUUGUUUACGUGUCUGAGUAGCUGGCUGCCGUGCUGUUAUUCUCGGCAAGGUCAAGUCAAGGACAGCGACUCUCGUACGACAAGCCAGUUCGACUAUGUUUACUGUGACGAGAGCGCGAAAUCACCCACCAACUUUUUCGAGUAAUAGCAUACUGCACCGAAUCGUAUCACGUUAAGUUCUCUUUUUUUUUUCUGCUUAGGUGUUUAAUUUUCAUUGCGUCGAUAUGUGAAUUCAAGUCCGUCUUCUUUCUUCUUCUUCUUCUACUGCAGAGGUCAUAAGCACAUAUAACAAUGCAUGUACAUAGAAAAGUAAAGCAUAGUUUGUUUCUUUUUCCUUUGUAUUGUUGUAUUUAUUGCGACCGCAUGCAAGAUCAACAGGGACGUGAUAGAGAAACGACGCUCAUUAGCUCUGCAGAUCAAGCUAGCUUCCUCUGGCGAAACUGUAUUCUCCGUAAUGCUUAGCGUCAGGCACAGUUAACAUGGGCAAACAGCCAAUAAUCAUCCUAUGCGUCAAGCUUAUGUGCUUCAAAAAUUAAAAGAGAAAACAGCACACGAUUUGGGAACAUGAACGGUGUCAUGACAUCCUCGCAAUGGACUCUUGUUGUCUUGUUAAAGGUGCAUCAAAACACUCAAAACACGUACAAAAACAUUCCAAACAUGUUUCUGGUUUGCCAUGUCUACUACGACACGAUGCGAAGGAAAUAAACUGUUGUUAUGAAA